AAUGAAAUAAAUGAGGUUCCUUUCUUUGAUGUCCAGCUGCCUUACGAACUGGCACUGAAGAUAUUUCAGUACCUGGGCAAGGCUGAGUUGGGAAGGUGUGCUCAGGUCAGCAGGACGUGGAAAGUGCUUGCAGAAGAUGAAGUGUUGUGGUACAGGUUGUGCCAACAGGAAGGAUACCUGUUGGAUACGAGCAUCUCUGAUGGUUCCUGUUGGAAGCUCGCCCUCAAGGACUGCCGUGCCAGAGAGCGCACUUUGAAAACCAACUGGAAGAACCGCGUCGGUGCCGUCAGCCAGCUGCAGUACGAGCUGGGAAAAGUCCUCUGUGCUGUGCACUCCUGGGAUGGAGUUGUCGUUGCUGGAUACACAUCAGGAGAAGUGAGGUUGUGGGACACUCGCACCUGGGACUACACAGCCCCUAUCCUCGAACCAAUGCAUGGUCCUGGUGAUGCUGGACCUCAGCCACAUGUCUCCUUUGUGAGGAUAAACAGCUCUCUGGCUGUAGCAGCUUACGAGGACGGAACCAUUAGUGUUUGGAGCCUGAUGUUCGGGCGGGAGCCAAUCCAUCAUUACCAGCACAACCAGAGGAUCCAGGCGUUAGCUCUUGGUUCAGAGGGUGCCACGGUAGCAACAGCAUCUGGCUUCGAGGUCAAAGUGGAAAGCCCUAAUGACAGAGGAUUCUGGCAAACCACAGGAACAUUUGAAAUCCAGAAAUUGGUCAACUUCCUUAAUCUGGUUCCAGAUGUUACAGGGGCAGCUGCAGAAGAUGUUGUCUAUCUCCUGAAAGCAGAAGAUCCUGGCAAGAUUCUCCAUUCUGUCUAUGGCCAGCCUGUCACAUGUCUCGAUGUGUCUGCUCAUGAAGCAGCCUUUGGGGUCAAAACCUUUGGCUGGUUAUUGAAUGAGCCCAAUCAGAUUCUUCUUUACAAUCUGGAGACAAGUCAGUGUCUGAGGAAGAUGGGCAACUCGAUAGGUGACUUUAGCUGUGUCAACCUCCAGAACAGCCCUCCAAACAUGCUUGUUACGGGCAAUAAGGACAGAAGGGUCAGGGUGUUCGACCUGCGCAGCAGCGAGUCUCUGUGCUCCCUCUAUGCCCACCAGCUGGGGGUGUCUGCCGUCCAGAUGGACGACUGGAAGAUUGUCAGUGGAGGAGAAGAGGGCUUGGUCUGUGUGUGGGACCAACGGAUGGGCACCAAACUCUGGGAGAUGCACGCCAGACACCCCGUGCGCCACGUGUGGUUCGACUCCCACAGCCUGAUCACAGCCCACAUCCCUGAGGAGAGGGCUCCCCGCGGGGCCAGCCUCAGCCACGACGACUUCGCCACGCACCGCAAGCAUCAGGGGAUCAUUUAUGCCUACGAGUUCUCAGCAGAGCAGCAGGCUGCAGAGAGUGUCCUUCCUAUCUGCCGCUCCUCCUACGACGAGGUGACUGGCUACAACUACAACAUCGGCCUGGCGGUGCCCUACGACAGCAUUUAG